AUGCCUCGCUCGAGCUCGCCUGCGCCACCGUCCGCGUCUUCUCAUGGGCAUGCCCGUGAUGCGGUGGCGCUUGGUCCGUCGUCGACUACUCCGCAUCCGCCCGAGGACGUCGUGAUGACCAGCAAGAUCGAGUUCACGCGGGACACACGCGACCGGCCCAUUAUCAACCAAUACCUCAUCGGACACCGCUUGGGCAACGGGCAGCAUGGAGAAGUCUACAAGGGUUAUGACAUGCGCAGAGGAAACAUGCUUGUCGCAAUCAAGGUGUGUCGACGCAAGAACACCAAGGAAGCCAAAUACGAACAGCUGCGCCAGCGCAACCAGGGCGCGAUCCCACGCACCGUCGGGGGCUUCGGCGGUGUUAGCACCAGACCCCGUCUUGUGGACCAACUCCAGAGUACCGAAAAGAAGGUUCUACGUGAGAUUGCUAUCAUGAAGAAGUGCAAGCACGGUCAGAUCGUGCAGCUAUACGAGGUCAUCAAUGAUCGUCUUACCAGCAAGAUCUUCCUCGUAUUGGAGUACAUGGGUGGUGGUGAGGUCAAGUGGCGCGACGAACAAGGACGUCCAUGUCUUCGCGUCGACCAGACUCGCCGCAUCUGCCGCGAUGUCGUCCUUGGCCUACUUUACUUACACCACCAAGGUAUCAUUCACCGUGAUAUCAAGCCUGCCAACCUUCUCUGGACCUCGGAUCGCAUGAAUGUCAAAAUUACCGAUUUUGGUGUCUCGCAUUUUAGUGCCGCACAACGCAUAGAUGCACUGAAACGUAGCUCGGCGUAUCGUGAGGCCCUCGAACACGUUGACCCGAUUCUGCUCGAUGAUGGCGGUCUAUCACGCCAAGCCGGGACACCGAGUUUCCUUGCACCUGAAAUCAUCUGGGAGUUUGACCAAAAUUCACUUGACCUCCCCUCUGAGGCAACACCAACCCAUCUCAAAGAAACAUAUUCAACAAUGCCUGAUCCCGAUCCAAAUUCGUUCAAUGAUUACAACGCUAUUAUUGCUGCUGGCGAACUAGAUCCAGAAACUGACGCCGAGCUACCUCCACGCCCACCCAUCACGAAGGCAAUAGACGUCUGGGCGCUUGGUGUGACGCUUUACUGCCUUCUCUUCGGUCGUACUCCUUGGGGCGGCAAUACGGAGUUUGCGAUGUACCAAAUGAUUCACACGGAAGACUUCGUUGUGGAUACUUUCAUGGGUUAUGAUCGCAUCCCCACUGGUGGUCGCUUUCACGACGAUGAUGAUACGAGCGAGGGUGCGAUCGUUAUUGGCCUUCUAGAUAGAUUACUGGAGAAGGAGUGCUCGAAGCGUAUUACCCUCGAAGAGGUGAAGAGACUUCCAUGGAUCACACGCGAUAUCCCCAACCCAGAUGAAUGGGUUGCAGAAACCUCUCCAGAC